UCCCCCCGCCCCAUAACGUUGUCUCCGCUCCCGAGUCCCUCCCCUGGUCCCCUUCCCGGCGGGGACCACAGCGCUGGGCGAGCUGGAGCCGGGGGCGCACCCGAGGGCGGGGAGCCCAGCUGGGCAGCCCGCUCCUGCCCCCGCGCUGCACUUGGCCCCGUCUCCAGACCCGAUGGAGGAGGAGGAAGAGGAGAUGGAGGAGCGGGAGGGGAGCUCUCAGUCUGAGGGACGCAGGCUGGUGAUCUCCAUGGAUGGGGAUUCAUCGCAGUCCCCUUCUCAGCCAAAGUGGGGCUCUCCCAUGCCUCCGGACGGGCAGCCCGAGCUGCAGCAGGAGGAAGAGGAACCAGAGGAUGAGGAGGAGGACCAGGAGUUCCAGGUGCGGACGUUGAGGAUCCCAGCGGAUGGGGACUUACUGGACUCUGCAGCUUUCCCGGAGGAGCUGUCUGAGGAGGGAGAUGAGGAGGAAGAGGAGCUAGUAAUCAGAAGGGUGAAGGCAGAGGAGGAAGAGGACCAAGAGUUUGAGCUGGAGUCGGUGGCACGCCGGGGCUCGCGGCCUGCGAAGGAGCCAGUGGUGGAUUCGGAAGUGCAGGUGGAGCCCAAAUUCGAGGGGCAGAAGCUGAGGAUCCCAGUGGAGGGGAAUUCUCCUGUCCUGCAACUGAUGGCAUCCCCAGGGGGUGGGGGCAGGACGAGGGCACCGAUGCCGGAGCGCUCCAACACCUGUGUGGAGUGCGGCAAGAGCUUCAGCCGUCGCUCCAAUCUGGUGAAGCACCAGAUCAUCCACACCGGCGAGAAGCCCUUCUCGUGUGGGGAGUGUGGACGCAGCUUCACCCAGAGCUCGGCCCUUACCAAGCACCAGCGCACCCACACCGGGGAGCGCCCCUACGUCUGCGGGGAGUGCGGCAAGGCCUUCACCGCCAGCUCCAACCUGCUGCAGCACCAGCGUUUCCACACCGGGGAGCGCCCCUACGUCUGCGGCGAGUGCGGCAAGGCCUUCAGCCAGAGCUCCAACUACAACCUGCACCGGCGUACCCACACCGGAGUCACCCCCUACCAGUGUGGCGUCUGCGGCAAGCGCUUCACGGGCAGCUCCUGCCUGGCUCGCCACCGGCGCACCCACACCGGUGAAAAGCCCUACCAGUGCUCCGAGUGCGGCAAGCGCUUCUCCGGCAGCUCCACCCUGGUCAACCACCGGCGCACCCACACCGGCGAAAAGCCCUACGGCUGUGCGGAGUGUGGCAAGGCUUUCACCCACCAUUCCAACCUGGUGGACCACUGGCGCGUCCACACUGGCGAGAAGCCCUACAUCUGUGCUGAGUGCGGCAAGAGCUUCCGGCUCAGCUCCCACAUCAUCCGGCACCGGCGCACCCACGCCAACGCCGGCGCUGCCAACGCCAACGGGGCUGACCGCCUGUACAUCUGCAGCCAGUGUGGCAAGGGCUUCCAGGUCGGACCCAGCCACCUGCAGCAGCAAGCCCACCGGGAAGAGGGACCCUAUAGCUGUACCGAGUGUGGCAAUAGUUGCUGGACGUAGAGGGGCGGAGCCUGUUGCAGGGGCGGGGCUUGUCAGUCCUGUCCCCCGCCCCUCCACUCCAGGCACUUUGUACACCCACAGAUGGUGGGAUCGGUUCCUUGGCGGGGGGGGAAUUGGAUCCUGCCAGGGGCAGGGCUUGGAGCGCAGCUUGCUCCAGGACCCCCCUGUAUGCGGGGCGUGUGGCAUCAGCUGCUGGAGGGGGUGGGGCUUGGAGCGCAGCUAGCUGCCAUGCCCCCAGUUCCAGGGUCCACCUGUGGGAUCAGUUCCCCCAGGGGUGGGGCCUGGUUCCCCCAGGGGGUGGAGCUCUGCCAGCAGCAGUAGAAGGACCUUCAGAGCGUUAUGUGGCAGUGUUGGCCGGAUGCAGAGAGGGGGCAGGGUCCUUCCGAGUAGGAGGAACGUGGAUCCUGAGGGGGGCAGAGCCCAGCCUCUCUCCCCCAUGGCAGAGUCCCCAGGCUCCCUCGCUUUCUGUGGUAUUGCUCCUGCUAGGGUGAGGGAACACAGCCAUGGAGAGAAUUUGGGGGUGGUGGGGGUGGUGG